UGCUCGGCUGGCUGAGAACGAAUCGACACUAUCGACGAGCGAGCGAGCACGGAUCGCUUUCGAACGCGGCGAUGCGGCUGCCGCGAUGUCGCAAAAAUUACUGCGUAAAAUUGCCCGCAGGAUCCCUGCAAGCUCCUCACCUUUCCUAUGGCACGAUUUAGUGCUUGAUCCAGACAGAGCCCGGUAGUGGGGCGGCCGAUCGUGAUCUCGCGCGCGUCAAUGUCAAGGCCGCGUUGACGUAAUGAUAAUUUGAUGCAACGUAAAACUGCAUUUCUCGUUUGAACGCUGCGCAUUCGGAAGUGUGUCUGGUAGAUCUCGAGGAGCGCGAAAACACCGGGGAAGUCGAUGUUAAUUUGUUCUCAUACGCGCGCCGAUCGCGAUUCGCAUAAUUCGCACCUCCGGCGGAGCGGAUGAUGAUGAUGAUGCAAUUUCGAAAGAAAAAAGAAGAGAGAACAUUUGUUUCACCUGCAUAAAUAUUUUCCCAGAUUUUCCUAUACGCAGCAUCGAUUCUCGUUAGAAUAGCGACAAUUUUUCUAAAAUUAACUGUCUCACUACGAUAUCAAUUCUGAAUCCCAUCCUCUUUCCCAAACAUAUCAAGUCUUUUCCCCGCGAUGCGAUUGUCAUCGCCAGAAUCGACACUGACCGAAUAUCAGAUUAGGAGCUUAAUAACCGGAUAACAUAUUUUUAAUGUUAUAAUAUAUUCAACAAGGCGCAUGUAACUUGUGUGCGUACUUGUAAAGUGUAAUACUUAAAUUCGUAUACUUUGCUCAAUCGUCGUGUGUAAAUUUUAAACCAGAAAAAAUUUUUGGACAAACGUUAGAGGUGACUAAGUUGGAUCCGUUUCGCAUUUAGGAUCGUAUGUUUGAAAUUACACUUCUAACCUGCGUAGAUUUCCAAGCUAGAAUUCAUAAUUAAUCUGAAAAAUUGGACUGGAUCUCAAUUAGAUCCCACGGAAUUUUUUACACGGGUAUUAGAGCGAGAGAUGGAUAUGCUGCUUCAUGUUCUUCAUAUAAAUCAACGUGUGCGAUAUAUAUGCGUUCGUCGAGUUCACUUUUUAAUUAAUUAACGAGAAUUCUCUCCGAGGUAAGUGAGAAAGAGUCUCGUUGGGACGAUUUCUCUCUCUCUCUCUCUCUCUCACGGUUUUUUUAUUGUGUUUUCGAACGAGAUAUUUCACAGCGCAGCGGAGUCGAGUUCAGAAAGUGCGACUUGUGCGUACAUCAGCGUGCGCGGAAACGCGCAGUGAACGCGGCCGGCGCUGCGGUGUCAUCCAACGAGACGCGUUCAACAUAAUUGCGUAACAAACUGCCGCGCUUGUAAUUCCGCGAGCGCAUUUCCCGCAGAAAUGCAUUUGAAAUAUGCGAACGAUUCGAAACGCGAAUGCCAUCACGCGACAAUGUUAAUCGCUAUUUAUACCGUGCGAAAUUCAAUGCGCGUUUCCCCGUCCCUGACCGCAGAUCCGUGAACGGUCGCGAGCGAACGUGAAAUAAAAAAGCGAAAUCGCUGUCGCAGACGUUGCCGUGGAAAAUAGCGUCGUUUCGCAGGAAGUAACAAAUUAAAAAACACGAGAAUAUCGCGAGUUUCGCGCAAAGAUACGGACGUGAGCGCAGCGAGGCGCACUGCAAAUUCGCGCGAACACACAUUCUAAGAACUUUGGAUAUUUUAAUCGGAAUCUAUGCUGUACCUGAAAAAAUCAUCUGACAAAUUUCUAUACGGACGUUAAUUAAUUCUCCCGCGGGGUGUGUGUGUGUGUGUGUGCGCGACACUUUCGCCGCCAAGAAUUGAGAGAUUCUGUAGGAUGAAACUGUGCACAGCUCGACCGCGUUCCGUAUGCGUAUGCAAAUUUCAGAUACACACACACACACAUGCCCCGAGAGAUUAUCCGCUGCGUUCUCGGCGGCUUCGUUCGCGCGCUCGACACACCGACCACGCUAGAGGGGGGCUUCUGGUCUGCGAAUGUAAUGACGGAAUCUCUAUAAAUAGCAGGUACGACACGACGAAAUGCGCGAAACGACGGUAUUGAUGGAAAAUUCUCGAUUAGUCAACAACAGUCGCUAAGUCGCGCUGUCGAUUGAAAAACCGGCGGACUUAGCUGAGACAGUAUUUGCAGAUUUUCAGUGAGCCGAUACGACGAUGGCGACGGGAGGACUAAUCGCGAUCGUGUUCUCUUUGAUGGCGGUAGAGAAAUGCGAGUAGGAAGAUGGCGAUACCAUUGCUAAAAAUUGAUGUUGAGAGACGGCACAUAUUUUCGUUCUGUAAUUGGACGUCACCAUGAAGCGUGAUACGAAAAAUAUUGAAAACAAGGAUCGCCGAAAGAAGGGAGGUGAAGAAAAAAAGACGGAAAAGCGAAAUGAGAAGACGUUCGAUAAAAAAAAAUAUAGGUUGCAAAAGUACAGCAAUAAAUAUAAAAUCAAUCAAUGGGAAGAAAGAAGAAAAAAGGCUAUAUUGCGUGAAUUUCACAAGGAACUCAAGAGAAAUCAGCAGAAUUCCGCGCAAAUGUCAAUAAAUUCAAGCGAUACAUCAAAGAAUGCAGAUGAGACAAGUAGUAACUCAAUGAAGAACAGUCCUUUGCACAAAUCUGUACAAGAGUAUAAGAAUAGAAUGGAAGAAGAAAAGAGGACAAGAGGGCAAGAAGAAGCUACUCGUGUAAAAGCCAAACAAGAAGCCGCGAAGAAAUAUAAAGAGAAGAAAAUACGUGCUUUCAAGGCGCUAUCGAAAAAAACCAAAAAAGGACAACCUGUCAUGAAGGGCAGGAUAGAAAUGCUGCUGGAGAAAAUCCAGCAGGAUUUAACAUGAUCUAUUUAGGAGGAUCUAUCUAGUUUCUAUUUAGGAAAUAAUUUGAAUUAUGUUUAGCUGAAAUAUGAUCAAAUCAUAACAAGAGAUAAAUAUUUACUUUGGAUUGUGAUAAAACUUAAUCAUUUAGAAAAGUAAUAACACAUAUUUACUUCUAUAAUAACUAUGUUAAACAUAAACAUAGUAUCCAAAUAGUUUUGUAAUUUCCUACAAUCUUGCUGAAAAUAUAAGAGUCAAGAUUGAUCUCACUUAUUUGAGAACAUACUGGAGACUUGGAAAGCCCUGUAUCAAUGUAAACUCCAAUAUAGUAGUAAAUAGAAUUUUG